GAAACUUUUACCUACUACUUAUACUUCCUUUCUUACUCUUAUUCUUCAUACCCUUUCCUAAUUUCCUUUUCAUUCUCAUUCACACACUACACCAUUUCCUUCAUAAUUUCUUCUUCUUUCUGUUAAUUUCCCAUUUAUUUUCUCAAAAAUGGUUAAAGUAGGAGGAGUCUUCGUUUGUCUGUUAAUCGUUGCCAUGGAUGUGGCUGCAGGGAUUCUUGGCAUCCAAGCCGAAGUUGCACAAAACAAGGUUAACCAUAUGCGGCUCUGGAUAUUUGAGUGUAGAAAUCCAAGCCAUGAUGCUUUCAUGCUAGGGUUAAUUGCAGGAGUACUUCUGGUUUUAGCUCAUGUAAUUUCUAAUUUACUUGGUGGGUGCAUGUGCAUUUGUUCUCAAGCUUCCCCUUGCAGGCAACUCUCCUUGGCGUGCCUCCUCUUCUCUUGGAUCAUAGUAGCCGUUGGAUUGUCAAUGUUGGUGAUAGGAACAAUGUCAAACAACAAAUCAAAAGCUUCCUGUGGGUUCACACACCAUCAUUUUCUAUCAAUUGGAGGGAUUCUGUGUUUUGUUCAUGGUUUAUUCUGUGUUGCAUAUUAUGUUUCUUCUACUGCUGCUACUCAAGAUGAAAAGUAUGGAGGCCAUGCUUAACCUUUAUGCUUUAGUCUACAGUGGUAGGACUGUUUUCAACUUUACUAAUCAAUCGUUUUCUUACUGCCUCAUCACUCUUUCAGAAAAAUGUAAUGUAUAUUAAUUUCCAUUUGUCAACUCUACCGUGGUUAAUGGCUUUAUGUUUUCCCUCUAUUCGGCGGAAUUUAUUAAUUUAUUUAAA